AUGUCUGCCCAUGACCACGCGGACUCCCAGGCAGUGAAGAUGGAGAAUGGCGACUCGCGCACCUGCUCCCGAUCUCCUCUCCGAUCUCCUCUCCGAUCCCCUCUCCCGAAAAAGGAGUCCCCCGGUUCCCAAUCCGAUGCCUCCGACAUGAAGGAGGAAAAGCCAGAUGAGGUGCGCCUGAAGCAGGAGCCCGGGCCACGGCCCAGGCUAUCCCGCAGCUCGUCGCAGAAGGUGUCGCGGCCGCCUCCGCUGUACACUCACUUGCCGGAUAGCACGAAAGAUGCGCUUGCCACGUUUGAGCAGAUUAGUGGCUGCUCCUACGCCAACAAAUACAUGGGCUACACGGAGCAUGCCAUGGAAUGUGACUGCGCUGAGGAGUGGGAGCCCAAAAUUGGCCAGAAUUUAGCAUGUGGCGAAGACUCGGAUUGUAUCAACCGCGCGACCAAAAUCGAAUGUGUCGGCGACUGCGGCUGCGGCUCGGACUGUCGGAACCAGCGUUUCCAGAAAGGACAAUUUGCACCGGUAUCUGUUAUCAAAACCGAGAAGAAGGGAUUUGGUUUACGCGCGGAAACGAAUUUGGAUCCCCACCAGUUGAUCUACGAAUAUGUGGGCGAGGUCGUGGGAGAGCAGCAGUUUCGGCGGCGGAUGAGACAAUACGACGAGGAAGGCAUCAAGCACUUCUACUUCAUGUCCUUGAACAAGGGCGAGUUUGUCGAUGCGACCAAGCGAGGAAACCUGGGACGAUUUUGCAACCACUCAUGUAAUCCCAAUUGCUACGUGGACAAGUGGGUGGUGGGUGAAAAGCUGCGCAUGGGUAUUUUUGCGGAACGCAGUAUCCAAGCCGGCGAGGAAUUGGUCUUCAACUACAAUGUGGACCGCUACGGUGCUGAUCCCCAACCCUGCUAUUGCGGAGAGCCCAUGUGCACGGGCUUUAUCGGUGGACGCACCCAGACGGAACGUGCGACCAAGCUGUCCAAUGCCACGAUUGAGGCUCUCGGUAUUGACGAAGCGGAUGGCUGGGAUACAGUGGUUGCCAAGCGCCCCAAGAAAAAGAAGCUCGAGGAAGAUGACGAGGAAUACGUGGAUAGCGUGCAGCCCAAGUCCUUGGAUGAGGAUGGUGUCACGAAGGUCAUGGCAGCUCUUGUACAGUGCCAGGAGAAGUGGAUCGCAGUCAAGUUGCUUGGUCGUGUACAGCGCUGCGAGGAUGAGCGUGUUCGCAACCGUGUCGUUCGAAUGCACGGAUACCAGAUUCUGAACUCCCAGUUGGCCAUGUGGAAAGAGGAUAUGAAUGUCGUUUUACAAAUCAUGAACAUUCUGGACGGAUUUCCGCGUCUCACUCGGAACAAGAUUCAGGACUCCAAGAUCGAGGCAAAUGUCAAGCCUUUGACUACCUGUGAUGAUGAGCGCGUGGCAAAGAAGGCCGUCUCCUUGCUUGAGAGCUGGGCUGGGCUGGAGGUUGCCUACCGCAUUCCACGCAUGAAACGUGGCAAGGAUGCUAUCAAGGCUGUCAACAACCAGUUCGAACGCCGCGAGUCUGGGCGCGAUCAGCCCAAACGAUCGGUCACUCGUUCUCCUUCUCCCUCAUAUGACGUCCCUCCCCGCGGGCCAGCACAACAACGGAGGGACAGAGGUCAACAGCAGAACCAACAUCGGCAGAGAGGGCGACGUGGCCGUCAGCCGUUGCCCGAGGGCUGGUUCGCCGCAGAGGAUCAAUCCGGGCGUGUUUACUAUUACACAGCAGGAAACCAAACCACUUGGGAUAGGCCGACUCAGCCUGCUACUACACCUGCCGGUCCUCUACCUGUCAAGCAGAAGAACCUAGCGCUGCAGAGCAUUAUUGAUGGGAUUGUGAACAGCCAAGAUCGUACGCCCUCUGAACAUAAGAGUGCUACGCCGGCUACGCCUCAACCGACUGAACAGCCUGAGAAGAAGAGCAAAGAGGGGGACCGCUGGAAGAAAUACCCCCUGGAAAAACAGAAGAGGCUUUACGAGAACACACUAUUCCCUCAUAUCAAGCAUGUCGUCGACCAGUACAAACACAAAAUCCCGAAGGAUGAUCUGAAGCGAUUUGCCAAGGAGACCGCCAAGAAGCUUGUUGAAGGCGACUACAAGAAGAAUCGCGUCACAGACCCAACCAAGAUCAGUGAGAAACACCAACAAACCGUCAAGAGUUAUUGCAAGUCCUUCUUCGACAAGGCCGCCGCCAAGUACAAGCAGCGCGAGAAGCGCAAGACUGAAAAGCCCAAGGGCAGUGCAGAGUCAUCCGAGGCCCUCGAAGCAGACCUGAAAAUGUCCGACGACGAGGCCGACGUUGCACCCAGCACAUCUCCCUUGGACGAUGACGCCAGCGCCACCCUCAAGCGCAAGCGCAAUGGUCAGACUCACGUAGACGGCCCCCAGGAUGUAGACAGCUCUCCAUCCAAACGACAGAAAUCCACUCCUCCGCCUCCGCCUCCGCCUCCUCCCCCAGCCGAAACGCCAGAAGCAGACGGCGAUGGCGAUACCAGCAUGGGGAAUGCAGGCGAUGACCCGUCUCCCCCUCCCCCUCCCCCUCCAAAGGAUAGUACAGGCAGCUACGACGGCACAAUGGAAACGGAACCAGAGCCGGAAACAGAAACAGGGACGAGCCAACCCUCACACCCACAGAGCAUCGAGGGACAGGUCUAA